CGACUGGUCAACAAAGGCACGUGAUUCCCGAACGCUCUCCCAUAUUUGGCCGCAUACCUGGCAAAGUACAGUAGGGGCUUCAUUGCUUAUAAUUCAUGAUUGCGUCCAUAAAUCGUGCAAGCACACAGGAUUAUAGCGACAAAGAUCUACAAAUCGAGGCUUUAAAAAUCCAAGCAAAUGAGCUCUUACUUUGUAAACUCGUUCUCAGGGCGCUAUCCAAAUGGCUCCGACUAUCAGUUACUAAAUUAUGGGACUAACGGCGCUGUGAGCGGCUCCUUCAGAGACCCUGGCACCAUGCACUCCGGGUCUUUCGGCUACAACUACAAUGGCAUGGACCUAACCGUGAACCGCGCCAACAACGGCGGCCACUUCGGGGCCGUGAGAGAGGAUGCCCGGGGAUUCGCGCCGGACGCCCGGUACAGACAGACACCCAACUGCUCGCUCGCGUCUCCAGAUCCGGUGCCGCCGUCGUGCGCCACGGCCAGCCACGAGCCGCUGGAACUAAAAAGCCCCUCUCCUCCCUCUGACCGGAGCUCGACCUCGAGCGGCAACAAUCUCAACAAAAUCAACAACAACAGCAGCGGCGGCAACAGCGCGCAUUUCACGGAGAUAGAGGACGCCACCGUCGCCUCCGAGACCGAGGAGGGCGCACACGGCAGCGGCGGCUCCAGCUCGGCACCCCGGGCGCAGCAGCAGCAGCACCACCAGGAUCCCAACGCCACCUCCUCCACUCCCACAUCAAAUGAUUGCCAGUCGCCACAAAUAUUCCCCUGGAUGCGGAAACUGCACAUAAACCAUGAUAUGACUGGACCUGAUGGGAAAAGGGCCCGAACCGCGUACACCCGGUACCAGACGCUAGAGCUGGAGAAAGAGUUUCACUUCAAUAGGUACCUAACCAGGCGGCGGAGGAUAGAGAUAGCCCACGCCCUGUGUCUCUCCGAAAGACAGAUCAAAAUCUGGUUUCAGAACCGCAGGAUGAAGUGGAAGAAGGACAAUAAGCUGAAAAGCAUGAGUCUCGUGACAGGAGGCAGCGCCUUCCACAACUGAAUAACUUUUUUUUGGGGGGGAGGGAGAGUAAAAAUAAUAAUAAUAAUUAAAGAUAAAAAUAAUCAAAAAAAUUAUCCAUGAGUACUGUAAAGCUAUUUGAAAGCGCAGCACCUUCCAGCAUGCUAUUGUGAUAGAAAAAUAAGUAUUCUGUGGUCUUAAAAAUGCCAUUUUUAGUUCCCUGUUGUACUAUGAUAGCUUAGAUGUCUUAUUUGGAAAACAAGAUGUAAAUAUUAUUGGGGGUAUUAAUUGUUCAUGCUUUUUGCUCUCUCUCUCUCUCUCUCUCUCUCUCUCUCUCUCUCUCUCUCUCUCUCUAUGUCUGUCUCUCUCUCUCUCUCUCUCUCUCUCUCUCUCUCUCUCUUCCUCUCUUGAAGGUGUUUAAACUUGAGCUCUUUAUUGUGACUUCUUUGACGGUCUAACAGGAGUAAAUUCAUUGUACAGUUAAAAAACAAACGAAAAAAAAACCAAGUUUCCAAACCAUAUGCUGCUCUUCAUUGAAUGUAAACCGAUUGUAUCCCGGGGCCAUUCAACGCGCUUUAGUGUAAGUUUUACUGCUAUUUUUGAUGGUUAUCUUGUGGCCACAUCCAUAAAGUCCAAAAGCAAAUGUGUAGCUUAAGGAUAUUUUGUGCAACUAUUAUUAUUAUUAUUAUUAUUAUUAUUGUUUAGGAUAAUUAUGAGCAAUGCAAAUGUGUUCGACCUGUCAAUGUGAUGAAUUUUUAGUGCAAAGGGUUAUUCUGUGGUUAGGCAGUGAUGUGAGCUUUUUUCGCCAAUAAGCUUUUUGUAUUUGUAAGUGAACUCAUAGCGCUUGAAAAAAUAAAAUGUUUCUCUCAA